CCUGACCAGGAGUCGAACCGUUACCUCCUGGUUCAUAGAUAGAUGCUCAACUACUGAGCCAAACCAGCUGGGCCACUAUGGUUUUCUUGGUCACACACAUACACAUAUACAAAGGAAUGUAUUAGAAAAUUGUAAGAUCCCCAGAAUCAAUCACAGCUGGAGCACUAGGCCUGCACUAUCUACUAGCAUCAAAGGUCAGGCCUGGAUGCUGCUUUCAUUGUGGUUGUUAUGGGAAACCAUAAACACCUUGGGACUCCACCAUCCCUCAUGGGCACUGCCACUGGACCAUGGAUGAAUUCUAUCAUCUCAAUUAUUCCAGAAUCAAAUAUCUAUAUGGGAGGGUCCAAUCAGCCCUACCAGAGUCACUGACUGUGGCCUGGCUCCUCUGUCUUCCAUAGAGCAAGGCUGAGCACACUCUCCCAUCAAUAAAUAAUACACAAAAUAGGGAAUUCCAAGUUGGAAGGACAAUUAGGAGAUGGGCAGCCAAAAUCAUAACAAAUAUCCACCAUGUUUGCUUUGAAUCUCCAUGAAGUCCUACUGCACCAUUCCUUAUAGUGCGGGAGAGCCUGCCUGCUCUGGCCCAUACCUACCUCUCCCUCCACAACUCUCAUUCCUCCCUCAGCCUGGCUUCCGCCACACUGGCCUUACAGGUCCUCGAACACACCAACCUGCCUGUGCCUCCUCAGGGCCUUUCUACAAGGAGUCCCUUUGUCUGCUGCUCCUCCCUUUAGCCCCCUGGCUCAUUGCUGAUCUUCCUUUCUCCAGUUAAAUGACAGACAUUUCACCAGAGACCUUCCUUGACCUGUCUGUCUGUCUAAAGCAGAUCACUCCUUUUUAGCCUCUCUUGUACCAUCACAACUUGAAAUUACUUCAUUUGUACCUUUCCUUAUAUUUUGCCUGUCUCCCCAUUGAGCAGGCAGAGACCUGCUGGUCUUGCUCUCUGCCGAGUCCCUGGCAUAUCACAGAGAGCCUUGUAUAUUUAAGUGCUGAAUAAAUGCUUGUAGAUGAAAAAAAGUGUGCUCCAGGUGGGGGAUGUGAGGAGGUGUGAGGAACAGGCUCUGCCCUCAAGGGCAAUGAGUAGCCUCGGGGAUAUAGACACGCCUGGCCACGCCUGGCCACGUCCCAGGGCAGGACCUGCAUGUUCUAACAGGUGUACAGUUAACACUCAGCUCUGGCCAUAAGUAGCCACAGGGUGCUAGCAGCUCCCUAGACUUCACCCCAAUCUAGGCUGGAGAGUUACAGAAGGCAGCCACUCAGGGCAGGCUUCAUGGGACCAGUGAACACACGGGGUCCCACAUUCAGAAGGGCCUUGUGCUUGGGGUUUAAUGCUUUGUGAUAGUUGUCUUGAAAUUCUUAAUAGUUUCAACUUUGAAUUUGCACUUUGUAACCUGAUGCAACAAUGGAACAUAUCCUGGGCACUUGGAACCUGGCUUCUGUAGGAUCCCACCUCCCAUAGCCUCCCUGCUCUCCCAGGCCCACUCUUCCACUCCCAUCCCAUAUAGCUUCCUUCCUGUUCCCACCCAGUUCCUGCUGCCACCUUCUGGCCCACACAGGGCCUGGGCAUGGGCAUGGGCAUGGGCAGGAUCAGGUGCAGGGCGUGGAGGCAGCCGUCCCCAUCCAGGGCCCACAGCAUCAGAGUGCAAUUUGGCAAGUGCCUGGGGUGCCUUGAUAGGAGUCUCUUGCCCACCUCCCCUGACAUCAAGGUAUCUGGCAUGUCGCUGCGCAGAGUUUGUAAUCUCCUGUGGGUUGGGGUGGGCAGGAGAAAUGUCUGGCUAAGUUUUUGUGUUCCUGGCUGGGCUGUGGUACAUUGGUCAGGUGGCUGGAGGGAAAGGAACGCCAAUAGCCAGUGGCCGCAGACACACAUUCACACGCACACUGAAUUUGGGGGCUCCUGGGUGACUGUGAGAGUCUGCAUUCACCCUGUGAGUAUCCCUGUGCCCAGGGGAGUGCAACAUUAAACAGCAACAGAAAGUACCAGGCCAGGCAGGGCGAAAGGGUCGGGGAGGGGGGUGGGGGGGUCGUCAGCGCCAGCUCCAGUGCACAGAGCUUCAUUCCUUGGCCCUCCCACCCUCUCCCUUACCCCGCCCCUGACCCCACCCCCGACCCCCUGGGGGGGGCGGGGAUCCAUCCCAAAUCACUGGAACCCGAGGGAGGUUUCCUCACACCCUCAGGUAGACUAACUUUCCACGAUUCCCUCUUCUCCGUUUUCCACUCAAUCUCCCUCUUCCACUCUCUUCUCCCAGAGUGCAUGUCUCUUUAAGGCGAGGGCGCCUUCUCUGGGUCAGACCACCGUCCCCUUCCCUGCUCCCACCCCCUUCUCCCCGCACCGAGUACUUGUCCGUGCAUGUCCCUUUAAGGCGAGGGCGCCUUCUCCCGGUCGGACCACCGUCCCCUCCCCUGCUCCCACCCCCUUCUCCAGGCGGCAGCGAGUGCUGGUCUCUUUAAGGCGACGGUGCCUUCUCCAGGUCAGACCACCAUCCCCUCUCCUGCUCCCAUCCUUUUCUCCCGGCGGCGCCGAGUGCGUGUCCAUGUCUGUCCCUUUAAGGCGAGGGCGCCUUCUCCCGGUCAGACCACCGUCCCCUCCUCUGCUUCCACCCUCUUCUCCCCGCACCGAAUGCAUGUUCCUUAAAGGCAAAGGCGAAUGCAUGUUCCUUUAAGGCGAGGGCGCCUUCUCCCGGUCAGACCACCGUCCCCUCCCCUGCUCGCAUCCCCUUCUCCCGGCGCCUCCGAGUGCAGGUUCCUUUAAGGCGAUGGCGCCUUCUCUGGGUCAGACUGCCGGCAGCGGGGAUGGCGGCGACGACCCCGGGAGCAUGGCGGACAUCGACCUGUUUCUGGAAUGCGAGGAGGAGGAGCUGGAGCCGAAGGACAAGUUUGUAGAGUGCGAGGAGGAGGAGCUAGCGCCGUGGCAGAAAAGCGGUGAUGUCAGUGAGGACUCCGUGGUCGAAGAUGAUCACUCGGUGGGUGAAACCACUGCGGCUUCCGAGAGCCAGCAGCCAGCCCCAGGGGCUCCGGUGCCCACCGCUGCCCAUGCUGCUGCCGCCGGCCACCUCCCUGCACCCACCGCGACCGGCCACCUCCCUGCACCCACCGCGGCCGGCCACCUCCCUGCACCCACCACGGCCAGCCACCUCCCUGCACCCACCCCGGCCAGGCACCUCUCUGCACCCACCCCGGCCGGCAGCAGCGGCUGCGUCCCGGACAGCCUCCGUGCAGAGCAGACUCUAGUCACACUCCCUGCAAGCGAUGCCCAGAGAGGCCGGGGUCCCGGGCAGAGCCUGUCAGAGGAACAGCUAUGGGCACAAUGCGCCUCUGGGGCCGAAAGGAAGCAGCACCGUCGGCAGAACCUGUCCGAGGACCAGCUGCUGGCUCUGCGCACCGCCGAGGCCCAGCGGAGCCGGCAGCGUCGACACGCCAUCUCCGAGGAGCAGCGCCUGGCACAGCGCAUCUCCGCGGCUGAGAGGAAGCAGCGCCGGCGACAGAACAUGUCCGAGGAGCAGCUCCUGGCGGAACGCAUCUCGGAGGCCAGGAGAAAGCAGCACCGUCGACGGACCAUGUCCGAGGAACAGCUGCUGGCGCUGCGCACCGCCGAGGCCGAGCGGAGCCGGCGGCGGAGACAGAACAUGUCGGAGGAGCAGCGCCUGGCGCAGCGCAUCUCCGCGGCCGAGAGGAAGCUGCGGCGCCAGCAGAACAUGACCGAGGAGCAGCGGCUGGCGGAGCGCAUCUCGGACGCUGUGAGGAAGCAGCGCCGCCGGCAGAGCAUGUCGGCGGAAGAGCUGCUGGCACAGCGCACCUGCGAGGCCGAGAGGAGCCGGCGCCGCCGCCAGAACAUGUCGGAGGAGCAGCGCCUGGCCCAGCGCAUCGCUGCGGCCGAGAGGAAGCAGCGCCGUCAGCAGAGCAUGUCCGAGGAGCAGCGGCUGGCACAGCGGGCCUUGGAGGCCGAGAGAAGCCGGCGGCGUCGACAGAGCAUGUUUGAGGAACAGCGACUGGCGCAGUGUGCUGGAAUGGGGAUGCCUAGGGGUGAAAAGGACAUGUUUAAGGACAUCUUAGAGAUCCUAGCCAUGAAGGGGGCCGUGGAAGAAGCACAGGGCUGGAAAGCUGCCACAGGCACAUGUCCAUAGAAUGAGGGAGCUGGAAACAACAGAAGGUCUAUAUGUACAAAAUAAAGGCAACAGGCCACUGGUGCUGAAUUUUGGAAGUUGUACCUGACCUUCAUUCCUUUUCAAAUUUGACCAAUUCAAGAGACUUACUGAAGACUUUAGCGCCAUAGCAGAUUUUCUCGUCAUUUACAUUGAAGAAGCACA